AUGCCUACGGCAAAACAACGCUACGACGCUGUUCGGCCACGGGAAAGAGUGGAAUUCGGUGGAUUCCGAUUCGUCAUCCCUUCACCGGACUUUCAAAUGCCGAAGUUCCUAUGCUGCAACGGAGCUCACGAAGGUUUCAUGCAGCCCGACCAUGAAAGCGAUAACUUUGAUCUCAACGAAUGCGUCGAGGAGGUGAAGGGUGUAUCCCUUUCUGCAUCUACAAAACGACCGUCAGUGACGCCAAAUGUGUCCGAUAAAAGCCUCACACUAUCCACAAGUCAAGGCUCUUCGAAACCAAAAAUGGUCUCACCUACAGUCUCUGUGGCGAAGUGUGCCAGUGAUUCCAGGGCAGAUCGCAUAGCUUCGAUAUCGUCGAAAAUGUCCUACUUUCUGGAAGCAUCGACAAGUUCAGCUGUAAGAUUUAGUCUUUCUCUUAAUACUUGA